GUGUUGUACUGUUGUACGCCCUUAAUCAUUGUGUCCAUUAGAGGGCAGUGUUUACCUCUGUGUUACCUGACACCUAUGUUUCCUGUUCCGGAGUCAUGAGUUCAAUCUGUGUGUCUAGCGGCAGCACAUUUACGAUGCUGCCGAUACAAUAAAUACAUCUACAAGACCAAAGGCAAAGUGUGUCUCAUGAGAGUUUGGCUACAUCUCCACCGCAACGCACGAUGCUCAUCAGGUUAUGGGCCCAGUAACGCAAGUCUAGAGCAACAACAAGGUAACAGAAGUAAGAAGAACUGUUAGCCAGGAGAAGCUACUAGGCGAGCUCGGAUAAAGAUGGCGCCGAGAGAACCCCGCGAAAAUUGAGGACUCUACAAGCCACAGCCUGAGCAACAUUUUGGAGAUAGCAAACUAUAAAAAGAAUACAAGUCAAAAUGGCCGGAGCAGGAAUGCUACAACUGCAGAUUGUCUUCGAUGGAACAGAAGAUAAGUAUGAUUUAUGGGAAACAAGAUUCCUCAGCCGUUUACACAUCAUGAAGCUAAAAGACACCAUUUUGAGAGAGCCCACUGGCGAGGCUGCCAUCGCGGCAUAUCCAGCGAAGAAUGCCGAUUGUUAUGCUCAACUAGUGAACGCACUAGAUGAUAAGAGCCUAUCAUUGAUAAGACAUGACGCCGCCGAUGAUGGAAGGAAAGCCUUGAAAUUAUUAAGAGAACAUUAUUCUGGAAAGAGCAAGCCCAGGAUUUUAAACCUGUACACUUCAUUGACCACCAUAAAAAUGGAAGGUAAUGAGACUGUCACUGAUUAUAUGAUAAGGGCUGAGAAUAUAAUUUCAGCUCUUCGUGAUGCAGGAGAGAACAUGAGUGACGGGCUGCUUGUGGCCACCAUUUUGAAUGGACUGCCAGACUCAUUCAGACCACUUGCUGUCCACGUUACACAAAAUGAGGACAACGUGACAUUCAAAGACUUCAAGAGAAGACUGAGGGUUUAUGAAGAGUCUGAGAAGAUGAGGACAACCGGACCAGGUGUACCAAGAAAGUGUGGUGCAGUCACUGCAAGAGUAACACACACGCAGAGUCUCUAUGCAGGAAAAAGGGAAAAGACGGAGCCAGAAAAGUUGCAGAAGAAAAGGAGGACAUCGACCAAGAUGAUCAAUGUUUCAUGGCCAAGCAUGCAACAGACGAGAGGCCAUCUGUCAACGUCAAGAAGAAAGGGAUAA